AUGAGUGAGAGGAAGGACGGCGAGCACACACAGCUGCACAAGGGCGGUCCCGCGGCCUCCUCGGCGGGCGGCGGCCACGCGGCGGGCAGCGCGGCUCGUGGCAGCAGGAAGGAUGGCGGUGUGGACGCGCAGCACGAUGACCCGCAUCAGCCGCUGCUGCCAUCACUGCACUCGUCGCGGCCCCCUUCAGUGGGGGCGGUGCGCUCCGAGACGGUCACGCUGCCGUUCAGCGCAAGCGUCUUUCUCUCGCUGCUCACCGUGUCUCGGUCGGAGCUGCAGACCACCAUGGCGCCGAACAAAACGCACCUGAUGGACUUCACCGUCACCAACGCCUCUGCCCUGCCGCUGCCCUUCGUGAUCCGCUCGCAGACGAUGCCGCAGAAGAACGUGGAGUUCUCCCUCUACGAAGAUGACAAGUUUGAGGAGCCAAAGAUUGGCCGCACGCUGCUGCUCGACAGACACGCCUCCAUGAACUUCACACUGAUGGUGCGCACCACCGCCGCCGCGCUCUCCAGCGGCGCCACCGGCAUGCAGCACUACCGUGCGGUGCUGCAGUGCGACAACCUCCGCGACGCCCGCAACUCGGAGCUGGUGUACGUGCAUAUCAACGUGGUCGCGGCGGAGUCGCAGACGGACCUCGUGAGCGUCAUGGAUCCGGUGCUGGACUUUGGCGAGGUCUACCGUGGCACGCGGGUAACCCGGGAGCUGAGCGUCUGCAACUCCACCCGGGAGGACGUGACGCUGCGCCUCCUUGACCCCCGCCCCCGUCACUGCGAGGGGGUCCUCAGCCUCGUGCGACCAGGCCGCGGCGGCGACGACAGCAAGGGCGGCACCGGCAGGGGCCCCCUCCCCAACCCCAGCGCGAAUCCCAACAGCAACAGCAGCAGCAAUAAGAAGGAGACGGCCACCGACGACGGGGGCGACAAGAAUGAGGCGAUCUUCGCCGUGGAUGAGGUGGUGAUAGCGCCGCAGAAGGGGAGUGUGCCGGUGGGGGUCAUGUACGUCCCUUCCACCGACCAGGAGCGCAAGGCGACCUCGAACCUCAAGUUUGAAUUUGAGUUUGUUGUCACCGGCGUGGGAAGCAGCACGACUGGCGGCGGCGGUGGUGGUGGUGGUGGCGGUGGUGGCGGCGGUGGUGGUGGUGGCGUUGGUGGCGGCGACGGUAGCAGCAGGCGGCAACAGCGGGUGAUGGUGCGGUGCGUGGCAACUCUCUUCACGAGCACCAUCGUCGCCUCGCAGACGAACAUAAACUUUGGUGACUGCCAGGUGGGACAGAGCAGGCGCUACACCUUUGACAUCGAAAACCCCUCGCCGCUGCCCACCACGAUCUACGUGGAGCUGCGCAGCAAGGUUGUCUCCAUUGAGGGGCUGCAGCCGCGCGUGUCGGCGACCGGGGGGCGGGAAACGCUGGGGGAGUUUUCCAUCGCCCCACACAGCAGCCUCCCUAUCACGCUUCGCAUCAACCCUCAACGUGUGAACCCCACCUACCGCAAGCAGCUCACCAUUGCAAACGUGUCGAACCCCGCCGAGGACCGUCUGAUUGUGAACAUCGAGGCCAAUAACAUGGCGCCCUCCGAGGCAAAGCUGCACGAUGCGUUGUACACGUGUGAGGCGAAGGCGCAAUGCGACGACGGAAGCGUCAACGCCGGCGGGCGCGGCCACGAUGGCACGGGUGCGUCUCGGCUGCGCACCCUCACAAACGUCCCACUAAUCGUGGCCUACGCCCUGCAGUCCAAUGUGGACUACCCCCUUGUGCUGCAGCUGAACAGCUCGAGCAGCACAAUUGACACCUUUUCCCUGGAGGGCAUGUUGGCGAGUGAGUUUGAGUCCAUGGCGAUGGAGCUGCGCGACUACUGCUGCUACGGCGGGGAGGAGGCGGGGGAGCCGCCCUCAGUGGAGCGGGCGGAGGUGCUACGGAGCAGCGUCGUCAAUGCCCUGCGCCAGCACGCCGUGACGAUAAACAGCAUCACGCUCGAGCCCCGCGGGAGCAGCACGUUUUACGUGCGCAUUGAUCGCACGAACGGGGGCGUGGAUGCGGUGACGAAGGAGGAUGGGGUCAGCAUCAUGGUGGAGGGGAUUGAGGUGCCGCGGUUCGUGCGCCUCUCCUACCGCCUCUGCGGCACGCGCUUUGAGCUGGAGGGGCAAAAGACGAAAAACUUUGGCGAGGUGAACAUUGGUGAGCGCAGGACGACCAAGAUCCCCAUCGUGAACCAGUGCAACUCCCCGCUGCUGCUGAAGCUGUCCAAGUCGCGCUCGGUCACGGCGGGGCACAUUCGCAUGGAGAACUCGGACAAGAAGUGCAUCUACUGCCGUAUCCGCCCAUACGCGACGAAGGAGGUGGAGCUCUGCUUCUACCCGGGCAUCAAGGGCAGUUUCGAGGAGCGCAUCCGCCUCACCAACGUGCUCGACCCGUCCAACGAGGUGACCGUGACGCUGAAGGCGAGUGUCAUAAAGGCGGAGACGUUUGACGUCAGCCCCAGCUCGUGGAGCUUCGGGGUGGUGCCGGUGCCUCCGCUGCUGCUUGCCCCCUCGCUGCCUGGGAACAGUGGCGGUGGCGGUAGCGGGGCCUCUGUGGGCCGCGACGAUGCGGGGCCGCCGUGCGCGCGCGCAGGCGCCCGCUUCAGCGUGGUCAACACUAGCAACACCCGACGGGAGCUCUGCCUGAAGCUUGACGCCCCCGCGGCGACCCCGUCAGCGUGCGGCAGCCCCUCGUGCGGCAACGCCAACAACAACACCGCCGUCGUGGACGCCACCACGAACCUGGGCGACCGCUUUUUUAAGUUGACGGCGUCGAGGUGCGGCUGCAGCUGGAGAUGGAGCACGGUGGCGCGAACUCGGGCUCCUCCCGCAAGCUCGAGGAGAAGAUUGAAAAGCUCGAGCAGAAGCUGA